AUGCUGGUGGAUGUCAUCCGAACAUCGAACGUCCACAUCAUGAAAAUGGUCCCUUGGCUUCAUAACAGAAUUCGAAUUGAGCACAGCUUGAUGGCAGAUAAAACUCAAACCUUGUCAAUUCCACAAAAAAGCUUCCAGCCGAAACUUGUCGCUCAUUCCAGCUCGCCGAGCACCGAACUUCGUCAAUUAUCGCUGAUAGCCUCAAGACGCCUCGCGAAUCCACCGCUCGCCUGA